AUGUCGCAGGAAAACAGUCAGAUGAGCACAGGAUUAUCUCUCUGCUCUCCAAUGGAAGAGUCUCCAAUCGGUGGAGUACGUGAGUCCACUUCCUUUGCAGAUCUCAUACGUGCACGAGAGCAACAACAGCAACGAAUACGCGAUGCAUUAGAGCAGCAGAACCGUCAGUUGCGUGCACGUCUGGCGUGUGAGGAACCCCUUCCAUUAACAGCAACCUCCACAAUAUCCACAACAACAAUAACAACACCCCCAUCCGCUGCCCAUCGUCGUUCAAACCACACACCAAUCAAACAACAAGUAGUGCCAGUGGAGGAAUUCAUCACCUUUGUUACUGAGAUGAAGGAACUCAUCAACUGCGCGCAGCAGGCGGAUUUGGUGGCUCUGCAGGCACUGCAGGAUCGUGUGGAGUUUCAGAAUCGAGAUCUCGUGCAGCGCCUCACUGAACUGGAGGCGUAUAUGAUUGCAGCUCAACGACGGGAUAUGAUGAACAGUGCGGGUGCUGCUGCUGCUGCUGUGAUGACAUCUAGUGAUGAUAGUGGAGUGCAGAAUACACAGAAUGGUGUAAAUGCGAAAGAAGAACACAAUUCAUUGGAUUACGUGAUGAGAGAAAUGGAAAAUAUACGUUUAACAGCAGAAGAGGCGAUGAUGCGAGUAUGUCAAUGUGAUGAAGUGAUGGCCAAACAACAGGCAGCAAUGUCUCUCUUGGAGAAGGACUUGAAUACAUUAGAAGAGAAGAUCAUAGAUGUGGAAUCCAUGCCAACACUGUUUAGACGAGAAGCAACUGCACUUGAGGAACGUCAUACUUCUUUCACAUAUCGAAUACAAGAGGAAAUUACACAACUGCAGCAGAAGUGGAAAGAGGAACAAUUAACAGAAGUUGUAGGGAAUCAAAUACGGCAACUGGAAGAACAAAUGCAAAACCUCAUCUCCACAAUGAUGACAAGAGAGAAGGAGAAUGUGGAAGUCUCAAAUGAUUUCAAAAACAAGGACAUGGUUCAACACAUCACAGAUGAUGUUCGUGAAAAAAUGCAAAAACUUCUCUACACAGUUGAAUCUUCACUUACUAAAAAAAUAGAGGAAUUGGAUGCUAGAAUGGAUAUCUGCGUUUCAGACUGCAAGAAAAAUUCAGAGUUAGCAGUGAUAAACCUCACAUGUAAAGAAGAAGAUUCAAACAAUACUGUUGCAAACCCCAUGUUGAAUUCUCAAUCUAUAAAUAUGAUGGAAUUAUCAGAGAGACUAGAGAAACUUGAAAUGACAGUAAAUACGGCGAUAUUGCAAACAAACACUAUGCCAGCUAAUGAAGAAUGUAAUGAACGCAUUGCAUUAUUGACAAAAGAAGUAGAAGGAGCUGCUGCUCUUAUUGAAAGUGUUAUAGCACGCCAGGCAACUGCUAGUGGUGAUAAACUCAUACUAGACACGGUACAAUUGGAUGAACGUGUAUCUCGUCUAGAAACACAGUUACAGGUGGUACAAGAAUAUGUUAAUGAUAUCACAAAUAAAGUUCAAGAUACACCUAAAGUGAUAUCAGGCGAUACUAAUAAUAAUAAUAAUAAUAAUAAUAAUAAUAAUAAUAAUAAUAAUAUUGCUGGUGUUGUUGUUAGUGCUACGGAAACCGAUGGUAAUCAUCAUAAAGAUAAUGGGAAUACGAAUAACGGUGAAAGUGAGAAUGGUAAACCGACAGUACUCCCGGAAAGUCGCUGGCAACAAGAUCGAAUUCAUCGCCAUUUACAGGAGGAAUUGGAACUCGCAUCUGCAGAUCUUCGUGCACAAGCGAUAGAACAAUUUAGAAUGACAUACAAUAUUCCUCUCUCAGCAUCCACAGCAGCAGCAGCGGAGGGAAAUACACUUAACGAAGAUAGUCCUUCCUUUUUCACAAUGCCUCCACCUCCACCUCCACCUCCACCGUACGAAACCCCAAUGUUUGCUGUUCCCCGCAGUGUAGGCCCCAACAGAGAGUCGCGAUUACAGUCAUCACGACCAGGCACACAAUCAUUUGGACCGUACAAGGCACCUCCUGUGCCCAUCUCAGCAGAGAGUUUAGCAAAAGCACUAACAGAGACGCGUGAGCGGAAAUUGCAGAAGGAGGAGGCCGUAGUGAAAGUUAUUGAAUCCCUGCGUGAGGUGCAACGCCGGUUUGAAGAUUUAUCAGCGCGGGAGAUGAGUGUACCAUCUAGUGGCCGUCGUGCAAAUAAAAGUGAACAGUCCACAUCCCCUCACACAAGUGAGGACUCGGCUGCUUUGCUAGAGUUUAUUGUGAGUCAAAAGGAAGCUGUGCUGAGAAAGGAGCGAACAUUGUUGGAUUUGCGAAAUACAUUGUGGCGAGAAAUUGCACAGCUUGAGGAAGAUGAACGGGAACUUCUCUUCACAACCCCUUCCUUUUAA